CACCGAGCCCCAACCCACUGUCCCACCUGUCAUCCAGUCUCCCGCCCGCAGCCGCAACGGAGCUCUACAGAAACCCCAGCCAGGAAAAGACCAAGCUACCCCCACGGCCCGCACGGAUCAACGCGGGUGUGCCACGCCGCGGCCCGCGGGCACGCCGCACGAGGUUUCUCCCACCGUCCCGCCCGCCAGGCGCCAGCCAGCUCGAGCGCCGCACGCCAUCGUUUCCGUUUCCACCCCCAGGCCGUGCCAGGGAGUCGAGUCGAGUCGAGUCGGGCGCGGCGCGGCGCGGGCGCUGGGACGGCGACGAGACGAGACACCGCCCGUGAGGAGGAGUGCAGGACCAGGCAGCGCCAGCGGCUCCGGGCUCGGCUCUUGCGUGCGCCGCUCGUCGUGAAGGUUCUGCAGCCACUCUAACCCGCACGCCUAACUCUCGAUCCAUCUCGUAGCGAUGUGCUGCUUGGGUUUUUUUUUUCGUUGUUCCUUUGUUCUCGGCUGGAAUCUUGCUUCGUGGUUCUGUCUUCUCAGGUUGGCCUCGCCCCGGUCGCCGGGCUUUUUUUUUCUUCCUAUUUUCCUCCCCAAAACCUUCCCGCGCGACAACGAUUGUGGAAUGCGGAGCGAAAUUCUCUCUUGAUUUUGGUUGCCAGGAUCCCCCCCCCCCCCCCCCCCCCCCCCCCCCCACCGCACUCGUGGAUGCAUUUCGCGCCUGCAUCUCCGUCUUGUUCCUCCCAGGCCCCAGGCGGGUUUUUUGGGUGUAGAAUAAAGCAAGGCGCGGGAUUCUCGUCUCUUUGCCGUUCGGUUUCCUCGUGAGGCCGUUCGCAUGGCAAUGCUGCUUGCUUGGGGAGGAUGGAUUCGUCGGUGGAGGUAGCAGGAGUCCGCAGCAACAAGAUGAUUGAUGGCAGGCGGCAUUCGGUGGACAUCCCCGUCUCGAGGGCCCUGUUGGCCAUCAUGCGGUCCAGAUCCCUGAGGGACCCGGACACCAACUCACUGGCCAAGUUCUCCGCCAAGAAAACCAUCUGGGAGGGCAGCUCCCUCGACGAGGACGAAAUGGAGGGGGCGAACAACAAGAAUGCCUACGGCAGGCACAGCUUCAGCUACAACGCGUACGAUCACCUCCAGCGGAGGAGGGAGGAGUUCGGUGACGGCCUCAGGUCUGGCCGGCUCGCCGACUCGCCCAUCAACAUCAUCAAGGCCAAUGCCAUGGCCAAGGCGGCGCUCCACAACCAGAGCUGUUGCUCGGCCAUUUCCGGGAUGUCGAGGAGCACAAAGGACAGGGCCUUUGGCUUGGUGGGUGAUGGGGAGGAGAUUGGCCGGAGGGAGGCCAGCACGUUCCAGGAGAGCUCCAGGAGUUUGCUUCAGAAGUACCGGCCCAGAUCUUUCUCCGAGCUUGUUGGGCAUGGUGUUAUUGCUCAGUCUCUUUCGGGUGCCGUUUUGAAAGGAAAGCUUGCUCCUAUCUACCUCUUCCAUGGUCCGCACGGCGUGGGCAAGACGUCCACGGCUAGAACGUUUGCAGCAGCGCUGAAUUGCCGUUCCCCAGGUGAGAACCAGCCAUGUGGACGCUGUGACGAGUGCAUGCCCAUAUUCUCGGGAAGCAGCAGCAGUGUGGUAGAGAUUGAUGCUUCCAAACUUGAUUGCAAGUCUAGGGUCGCGGCCUUGCUCAGGAAUGCCUGUGAAGUCCUUGCCUCUUCACACUUCAAGGUUCUGAUCGUUGAUGAUUGCCAGCACAUGGACAAGGAGGGAUGGUACUCUAUCUACAAUAGCCUUGAAGGGAUUCCUGAGAGCACAAUCUUUGUUAUGAUCACAUCUGAUAUUGAAAAGCUACCAAGCAAUUCCAUAGGGUGGUGCCAGAGCUACAGGUUUUGCAAGAUAGAUGACGCAGAGAUUGCCCGCAGGUUGAUCAAGAUUUGUACAAAAGAAGGGAUGGAAUUCGAAGCGGAGGCAUUGGACCUUCUUGCUCGCAAGGCUAACGGUUCCAUUCGAGAUGCAAUUCAAAUGCUUGACCAACUAACUCUACUUGGAAAGAGAAUCAGCAAAUCAGUGACACAUGAGCUGAUAGGUGAUGUGUCAGACGAUGAAUUGCUUGAUCUUCUCAAUCUGGCCAUGUCAUCAGAUGCUGCUACAAUUGUGAGGAGGGCCAGGGAGCUUUUGAGCUCAAAAGUCGACCCUUUGCAGCUAUUAGCUCAGCUUGCGAAUCAUAUCAUGGAUAUUUUAGCUGGGAAGCACCCGUCAGAUUCUUCAGAAGUUAGAAGAGUUACCGGCAAACAUACAUCUGCUGAUGUGGAUGUACACAAACUUAGGAAUGCAUUGGAAAUACUCUCUGAAACUGAAAAGCAAUUGAAGACCACAAAAAACCAGUCUACAUGGCUCACUGCUGCACUGUUACAGUUUAAUAUGAGAGAACCCUACUGUCUAGAUGAUACUGCGGUUUCAAGCAUGUUUACUGAAAGUCAUACAGAUGAUGGGACUGCAGCACUGAAAGAUGAAAGCUUAGACACGAGUUCCCAUCUUUGUUCCCAGAACAAAAUCAGUUCUCUAGACAUGAAUCUGGGAGAUCCAGAUGUACUGGAGACGAUAUGGAUGAAAGCUCUUGAAAACUGCUCGUCCCCUCCACUUCAAAAUCUACUACUCAAGGAUGGAAAGCUGUCAUCUCUGUACACAACCCAAGGUGUGGCGGUUGCUGAGCUACAGUUCUGCCAUCCUGAGGUUGUCCCAACGUCAAAGAACUUCUGGAAGCCACUAUGUGCAUCUCUGCAGAAUCUGCUGAGGUGCAGCGUCGACAUCCGAAUCAACCUAUCUCCUAUCUCCGGCAACGGGGCGGGAUCCAAGGACUCGUCCGUCAGCCUUGUCAUGGAGUCAAGAGAAGAAGACCGCGAGGCACAGGACCCAGCCACCUCAAACUGCAGAACCGUGGUGUCAUCCGGGAGAGACUGCCCUUCCCCACCCUUGGGGCAGGCCAAGGAGAGAUCGUCCCACAUCCUGGGGUGCCUCCAUGGCGGCGCGGGUGGCGACGCCGUGGACACCGAGCCGAGGAUCCUGAGCUACCAGAAGAUCUCCGUUGUCCCUGCAGCAUCCACCCCAGGAAACACUCCCCUGAAAGCCGCUGCCGCCGCUGCCGGAGACGAGUCAAAGGUUGAUGAUGGCGGGGUUCGUCCUGGCUGCUGCUCGCACAUUUUACCCUGUGGUGCUUGCGCUCCCCGUCAGAAGCCCCGGACGCGGGAGAAACGCCGUGCCAAGCUGUUCAGCUGCUGCUUCUGCAAGAUCGGACCGGACUGCAAGGCGAAGGGGGAAGCAGGGUAGUUUGCAGCAGAUUAGGGACAGAGCAAUCCUCUGCUGUUAGUUCAAGCUGGAGAUGGGGGCAGUAGUUCAGACUGUCAAGUGUGACCACCUGUUUACUGUAGCUCGCCUCCGAUGGGGUGGUCAAAGACACAGUUACAUGUGCAUCGGUCGCUAACAUAAAGGUUAUUUUGUAGUCGGAUGCUUAAAUUUUCUUGGUAGCAUACCAUAUUUAUAAUUGUAUGUUUGAUGGCGCGCGUUAGUUUUACCGAAAGCUUAAA